AUGACAACAGUAUUUCGUGGUUGUCAUGUUGUCCUUGAUCUGACAACUAGUGUCAGUUUCAAAAAGAAACAGGAAAUCCGAAAGAAGAUAACAGAAAAUGAUGGUGUUGUUUCCUACAUUGUCACAAAGAAGAGUACUCAUGUUGUAUGCAAUGAUCCUGCCAAAACAGACUUUAGCUACAAGUGUAAGAUGGCCCAGAAGUACGGCAUUCCUGUUGUAUCCAUCUCUUUCCUGUAUGACUGUGUGGAUAAAGGGAGACUACUCAGUUCUGAUGAUUACUUAAUGGUUGGCAAAUCAACGUCUCAGAAACUUGGCUCUGGUAAAAUUGCAGCUACAAAGUACCAGAUACUUGGUAAGAGGAGGAAGUCAUACUUCUAUCCAGCGGGAGUGAAGGCAUGGCCGCUACAGGAAAAACACACUCCAAUUUUCAACCACACCAAAUAUCAGGUGGCAAAGUAUGCAGUAUUACAGAAAUAUGUGAAGAGUGCAGGACGAACAUUUUUCUGUGUGCUUGAAGUUCAUGUUACAGAAGAAUGUGAUCUUCUGCCUCGACAAAUUCACAGAUUCAGGGUGUCCAAACACCAUGGAAACCUUAAAAAUAUACAGGAAGGAAAACCUGAAAAAAUGGAGUGUUAUUAUGUUGAGACUUCGGAGGAAGCCACAAAGAUGUACAGUUUCCUGUACAAACAGGAGACAGACCACCCAAACCUAAUGGAGGUCUCCCAUGAUGCACCACCAAGGGGAGUAGGCACCUUGAAUUUUCAAAAGGUGAUGGUCUCAUUUGGACUGGAGAAAGCAGAGUUAUCCACCCCUGUCUGUGAAUUGGUGGAGGGAAUAUGGAAGGAAGCAUAUUCAGACCUGUCGGACACCUUGACCUCACCGAGCUCUGUCAAACUAGAACAGAUUGAGAAGGCUGAAGCAUUGUUAAUGAAGCUGAGAGGUCAACCAGAGGACAAGCAAUCUGUCCUUGAUGAUUAUUACUCUGCCCUUCCACACAAUACCAAGGUGUCUGUCAGCAGUGUAAACAACUCCUGGUUGUCUUGCGAGCAAGAUAUUUGUCAGGUGAUGAAGGACAUGCUGACAGUCAGUGAAGCCACUGGCUGGUCACUGCGAGGAUCAACUGAGUCCAAGUACAGGGCUCUUAGGUGCCAGAUAGAUCACAGAGGCCCUGAUCAUCACGUAUACAAGACAGUGAAGGCCCUCAUCAACAAGUCUAUGGAGGGACUGAACAUAAUUAACGUGUUUGAGGUACAAAGACAGAUGGAAGAGGAUAACUUUACCAAGGAACUAUUUGGUCAGAAUCUCCUGUUUCAUGCUUCAAAACCAAACAACUUUGUUGGGAUUUUGUCUAGGGGUCUUCUGAUGCCAAAGGUUGUUGUGGAUGACUUUGGAGGGAAGAGGACAGAUGCCGGAAUGUUAGGAGCCGGAAUCUAUUUUGCAAGUGCUGCAAGCACCAGUGUGAAGUACUCACAGGUCAGUAAGAGUCGGGGCACAAGGAUGAUGCUGGUUAAUAAGGUUGCUCUAGGCAAGUGUAUGGACCUAUACACACAUGACAAGACCCUUGAGCAUGCCCCAGAUGGGUACUCUAGUGUCCAUGGUGUGGCCAGCACAUCCAACAAAGCAUCUGACUUUACGGAGGAUGAGUAUGUAGUAUACUCUCAGAAUCAACAGAAGAUGUGCUACCUGGUGGAGUUCACCAUCGGCAGUGAGACCCCUAUACCUAUGGAAAUUGUACCCACAGACAACAGUGUUGAUACUUAUACUGACUCAACAACAAAAAUGGACAAAAUCAAUUUAGCAGAUGUGAAAGAUGUCUUAGAUCCCAUGACAAAGGUGAAAUCAGGACUGGUGGCUGAUGGGAAAGACAUUAAUCCUGUUGAACUAACCAGUGUAAAUGUGUUUGGCAAACUGAAGGACUUGGUGGCUGAGGUGAAGGUUUUACAACAUUACCAUAACAACAGUGAGGAAAUGUUGGAGGGCAAGUAUGUCUUUCCCCUUGAUGAGAUGGCUGCAGUGUGUGGAUUUGAAGCAUACAUCAAUGACAAGCAUGUGGUCGGGGAGGUGAAAGAAAAAGAGACGGCUCACCAAGAGUACAAAAAGGCUAUCAGUGAGGGCCAUGGGGCCUACCUGAUGGAUCAGGAUGAAGAAUCACCGGAUGUGUUUACAGUCAGUGUGGGAAAUGUUCCGGCCAAUGCAGAUGUUGUUAUCAAGAUAACCUAUGUCACAGAAUUACAGGUUGAAGAUGAUCUUGUCAGUUUCCGUCUUCCAGGUACCUUAGCACCAUGGAAAAAGAGCUCUCAGGACAGCAAUGACAUUGAAUGCUGUGUAGAGGUGGCAGUGGACAUGCCCUUCGACAUAAGAAGUGUCCAUAGCCCAACCCAUGAAAUUAUGAUUCCUGAACAAUCUACAGUCCUUGUGGUGAUGGAACCAAAUCUAAAUAUUGGUGAUGGCUUUCAACUUCUUUUGGAGUUAGCAGAGGCUCAUGUCCCUCGUAUGUGGGUAGAACAGAGUGAAGAUGAUCCAACAAAGCAGGCCUGUAUGUUGACGUUUUACCCCGAGUUUGAGGCCUGUGAGGACAAUGAGUCAGAGGUCAUCCUCAUGCUUGACUUGUCCAACUCCAUGACAGACAAGGGUUUGAAUGAGGCCAAGAAGAUUCUGCUUCUUAUCCUCCACUUCCUGCCUAAAACCUGGAAAUUCAAUGUUGUCAUUUUUGGGACAGCUUUCCGUGAACUUUUCCCUUCAAGCCAACCGAAGAACAAGUCCAGUGUCUCUACAGCUGAAGUUCUAAUACAGUCUGUAGAUGCAAACAUGGGAAAUACAGAUUUGUACCGACCUUUACAUUCAUUCUACCUGCUCAAACCAGAGAGUGCAUUACGGAAUAUUUUCCUUGUGUCUGAUGGGCAUAUUAACAAUCAGGACAUCACCAUGGACACUGUACACAAGAAUUCCCAGCACACGCGAGUGUUUACCUUUGGUGUUAGCAGUAUGAUGAACCGUCACGUGCUUGGAGCACUGGCUCGUGUUGGAGCUGGAGUAUUCGAAGGAUUUGAUAGUAAAGCAAAGUCAAAGUGGGAAGAAAAGGUGAAGUCCCAGAUUGCUAAAGCAGGUCAACCUGGACUGACAUCAGUGGCUGUCUCCUGGCAACAGGAAUAUGGUGCUCCGCCUCCAAAACAGGCACCCAAUCAAAUUACAGCUGUAUUUAGUGGAUCAAGGAUAGUAGUUUAUGGAUUUGUUCAGAACUGUGCCAGCGCAACCCUGACCGCUGAAAUAGGUGACCAAGAAAUAUCGGCUGUAGUGACCAAAUCUGACCGCUAUGUAUCUAAAGGAAAGAUUUUGCACCAGCUGGCAGCCAAAGCUAUCAUCCGUGACUGGGAGGAUGGACUCUUGUCAUCAGACGGUCUCAAUCAACAGGUGAGAUUUAUGGACAUGAAGGAUUACAUUAUCAGACUGAGCAAGGAGUUCUCCAUCGUCACUCAGCUGACAAGCUUCAUAGCUGUUGAGAAGCGUGACAAGGAUGAAGAGGUGACCUCACCAGAUAUUGAUGACCUGCUAAUGUUGGAACAUACUGAAAUUUGUACAUAUCUUGGCCCUCAUGUUGUUCUAGAUGAAUUGUGGGAAGUUAUCGCACCAGAUGAGGAGUCUUCUAAUGCUGAUUCAGCCGAGUAUUCUCCUGACAAUGAAAUAUUGGAAAAGAAACUGUUCUAUCCUGUAAGUUUUUUCUUUAGUAGUUAA